AUGAUGUCUCACGUACGGGAAAGGCAGCAUCGUCGGUCAUUUCGGCAGGCGCUGCUGCGGGCGGCAGUGACAUUUUGGGUGCUUUUUUCUCUUUGCGGCUGCACGCUGGCGGCGACAAGAACGCUAGAGAUAAGUUAUGACAUGUUAACGCCGCCGCCACCGCCACCGACCCUUUCGGAGUUGAAUGAACGCCUUCGACUGCCGCAUUCUUCUUCAUCUUUUUCCCCUUUUUUACGUGACGGGGAUGGCACGUCGUUGUGCAGCGUGGAUCACGGGUGCCCCCUCUCUUCCAUGGCGUGGGCCUCCGGGACAUUCACCAUGAGCGACGUACUCACUCCCGCAAGCUUUCUUAUUGCGUCGAAUCUAACGCUCAAGCUGAGUCUUUGCUGCGGUUACAAAUAUAACGGUACAUUGCUGCGGGAUGAAGCCUUGUAUGACGUCUUCCUCCAAGUGCUGCUACAAGCCUCACCAUUUCAGGUGCUGACAAGGGAGGAAAAACGUCGGAUGUUUCCUCGCGAGCAUGUCAUUAUUAUGGAUACGGUGCGCCAGCGACGCUACGACGCGAAUUAUGUACUGACGACGGAGGAUGUUCGACAACAAAAUGACGGCGAUGGCGAUGUCAUCCUUCUUGUUUCUGGUGCGGUGGGAGAGGGGAUCCUUCGCAUCCCGCUGUAUCGCGCCGCAGAGGAUCUUGCCACCGCCGCACCCGCCAACAUUAAUCUUAAGAUUGCGAACGUGGCAAUCAAAUGCAAGUGUCCGCACACAUUACUGGUGAUGCCAUUGCUGCAGGUGCGUCCAGAUACUCUUUUGCCCGUAUCUGUUCUUGGUUUGGGAUCGCACUGCGGCGUGCAUCCGCUGCUGCCCCCAACGACACCCCACCAUGGCGAGAACAUUGUGCAGCUGCGGGAGAAGGCAUGGGCAGCUUCGGUCGCCGUGGCACCGUCACAGCUGCCAGCGACAAAGGUUCAAUGGGUUGUGACGGACACCCGCACCGGGAGCAUCGUUCUCGACGAGUUGCUACACGUGCCGAUGCGGACAGACAGCUCUGGUGCGUUGCUUCGGCACCACGCAAAUUGCAGCUACUUCGAGGUGCUUCCAAACCACAAGUACGAGGUGAAUCUUACGGUAUCUCGUGGGACCGCCGUGCAAAGAGCCACGGGUUUUUUUCUUCUCCGCCUACCGAUAGAUAGACCCCAGGAUGUGGAGCGGGGGCCACCGCAGUUGCACUUUGGCUUUGAGAGACACCUGCGGCUCUCGGAGCGUACACGUACUUAUCUCGAGUUGCAGGGUGCAUUGUCGCCACAGCAUCAGCCAGCAGAGUACUUUGGAUAUUGGGAGAAUACCCCACUGAACGACCAACCGCUCCCGCAGAUUUUGAAACGGAUUCGACACAACCCAUACACGGAGGAGACGGCGUUAUAUCUGAUGUUUGUCGGCCGCAAUGAGAUCUUUUUCUACGUGCGCGAUGUGGACGAGGUCUGUGACCCGGUGCUGCUUGAGGUGCAAGAGGUGUGGGCUCUUCAAGGCAUCUUGUUGCAGCCGUCCAUUUCGCCUCUGACCGCGUGUCAUGAUGAUGUUCCGGUGGAGGCAUUAGCCCUGAAACAUGUGGUGGCGACAAUACGCUCUUCAAUGCAAUUACCAGUGCGAUUCCAAGGGACCUCGUGGGGGCCGUUGCAAGAGCAAAACUUUUUGGAGGGACGGUUUGACUGCACCGAACGCGGCGCUGGGCCGUGUGACAUCCGCACUCGAGUUGCGAAUGGCGGGACUAGCGGUGUUUUGCAGAUGCGGAAACGUGGCGUGGCGGAUUUGGCAUGGGUGGUGCGGGUUGAGGUGAACGAAACGGCGUUGGUGCCGCCGCAUAGCCUGGACCCGUCGGUAGCCCGCAUUGUUGCCAACACCGUGGAUGAAGGGGGCGUGGUCGUAGUGGAGGUGCGUUCCCGCCCUGCCGUUGUGGUGCGCCGAAUGUCCACAAUGCCGAAUAGCGUGAACGUCACGUUGGCGAUGCGUCUGCGCCGAAUGAAGGUUCAUCCUCCCCGGUCACUGGAGGUUGCGGUGGAUGAAGUGCCAAUCGGUCACUGGCUUGUCGCCGCACCGCUGCUUCUUCUGUCAGUGGAUGAUGCGUUCGUGGCGGAGUUGGAUACAUCGGGUGUCCCAAACAUUCCGCAGAGGCUGCGCGAGGGAACACUACGAUUUGUUGCGGAGGAUCCCGGCGAGGCGAUCGACCUUGGCGUGCCGUACACAUCUCGCUGCCCGCCGCGGGUUGUGGAGCACACAGUGACGGUGGUGGCUCUCGCGGCACCGCCCAUUGUGCCGGCCCUGGUGCCCUUUUACACGGAAGACGACUGUGUUCGUCUGCGGGCACCACGUCCCCGUUGGAAGGACGAGGACGCACGCUGGCACGUUCCCCACUGCGAGGAGGCGCCACAGUCACCACCAUACAUCGCGGGGCUGGAGAAAGGAAAGAAGGCAGAACAUAACGUUUCUUCUUUAGAAGAGGAGGAGGUUCAGGAGGUGCUGGUGUGCGGCGUCCAGGUUUACAGGUGGUGUGAUGUUGUUUGGACGGCGCGGAACCCUGUCGCGGCUGUCACGCAGACGUUCUCCCUGCGGCGCUGCCAAAGUCCCCCACAGCUGCUGUUUCACAAGGACGACCUACAGGAACCACGCGACAUUUCGCUUUCCGUUUACGCGCUGCCUUUGAUUGAGUGGCUUGACGGAUAUGACGACGUCCCUGAUGAUAUGGACGUUGGGGGGAGCGCGAAGAAUACGACGAAACAAGUGCCUCGCUACACAGCACGACGUGUCAUUCCAGUUGCGGGCUACAGCGCGACGGUUGGCUACUCGUUCAACUACUCGGGUUUGCAACAGGACUUUGAGGUGACCUUCACAUACGCCCAUGACGCCGCACAUCAGCUUGGGGUCACGCAGCAACACUUUGAACGUGUAGGCGAUGACGGUCUGAGCGAUGAGAUGGCCGCUGCCGCUGCUGCAGCACCGCUACUUCUCCGCCGCUCAUUGCUGUCGUUGGGUGGUGAUAAGAUGAGAGAUGAUAGAAAUGAUAGAAAUACUAAUGAUAAUGAUAAUAAUGAUAGUAUGGCAGAUGAUAAGAGCAUCCUGCGCGUUGGGGAUACAGAGGAGGCUGUGAAUUUGGAGCAACAAGUGACUGACAGGGCACGAGAGCGCGAUUAUGCUUUGGACCUUGCCUCGGACACCCGUUUUUUUUUUACACAUCUUUCCGGGCUUCGAAAAGUGUGGUUUAACGGCCUCGACAACAGCUCCCAUUACCCGCUUUUGUACAAGGUGUGGCCCUCCCCGACUGCAACGGGGCCAAGCCGAGACGCUGCGGAAUUUGCACGAUGCGGGAUGUGUCUUCUGCAGCGUGGAAACAUCUCUGUUUUUUCGGUCAAUCCUCGUGGUGUAGUGCCGGUUGUGGAAAAUGGUGUACUUCCGUUCUGCUACCCGUCAUUUCUGUUCUCGCGUCAUCCGUGGCUGAGCACAAAGUACAACUUUGAUUUUUUAUGGUCGUGCGAGGACGAUGGCGUUAUCGUGGUGGAGCGGCGCACACCGACGGCUUCUAUUUUGCGUCACAAUGGGCCUGCGAACGACACACGCUGCAGUUUGACAGUGCGGAAUGACUUGACAGAAACCGUGCAGAAGGAUACGUUUCUACUGCGGCGAGUGUACCCAACACCGUUGCCGCCGACGUUUGCAAUUUUGAGUGACAACGCUGCGAUGGGGGAGUGUUUUGCAAACGGCACUACACGCUCCAAGCAGACGACACGUUUAGAGACCAACGGUAGCCCUGACACAACAAACAGAAGGACAAGAACACGAUGGAUCUUUGGGAAAAAACUUAUUCUUCAUGUCGAUGCCCACGUGGGGGGUCGGACCUCUAGGUGGACGGCCCUCAGCGUCGUGCCGGCGGUUCCAUCCCCCGUUGGCACCGGACGGCUGCUUGAUUCCAUACAUUUCCUGCCACUCCCUCGACAUCCGCUUGCGCUUGAAAGGGGAUUUGGGGAUGCCACAGUAUUGGUGUCAGGAAUACGCGUCCCUGGGCUGUAUACGUUUGGCUAUUACCACCCGGAUCCCAUGUAUCCAGGCGUCUGCCCGAACUCGAGUAUCGUGGAGACAUUACACGUUGUGCACGCGCAGGUCAUUGAGAAGGAGCUGACGGUUUGCGGAGACUCCGCGGUGCUGAAGGCCGUACCCAUUCCGCGUGAAAUUGGAUGUGAGUUCUUUGGGCAGUGGGAGGUGGUGUCGCUGCAGACGUCCGAGAACGAGACGUGGACUAGCGGUGCCAAUUUUACGGGUAUCCGAUUCGAUCACGGAAGGAGGCCAAGAACAGUAGUGCGUGGACUUCCGUUUGGCAUUCUUACGGUUCGCUGGGCUGUGUACGCUGUUUCUCCCACAGAUCCCGAUACGCAGAGUAAUGGCGAAGAAAAACAGGAGAAGCAACGGCGUCUCCUGGUAGACUACGAAACCGUGCGUCUGCUGGUGUUGACGGAAAAUCUUCCUUCGAACCGUCUUGUUACCCUUUCACAGAGUGUCCACCUCCUUGCUACCACCUCCACCCUGCAUUGGGUGCUGACGGAGACGGAGGCGUCGUCCAGUCCUCUGACGCUGCGUCGUCCACGUCUCCGCGUCGAGACUGUGUCCAACGAGAGCAGCACGGGUAGCCGUUUCGGCGCUGGGCACCAAGUCGUCAUUGUGACAAACUUGCCCAUUGGCCUGACACGCCUGCAGUACGAAGUUCACCUCUCGCCUCGUGCGUUUGGCCCGAUGUUGACGAAGAGGUGCCCAUAUGUGCCGCGCCAAGAAUUUGAGAUUGAGCGCGUGUCGGCUUUUCUCUCUGCAAACACGACGCUCAGUCACGAGUGCGAUGCGUACUCCGGACGUGGUCAAAUUUCCAUCUGCUUGCAUGCGGAGGGGGCGCAGAGCAGAGGCAUUUUGUUCACAUCAUCAUCAUCAUCUUUGCCGUCGUUUGGGGCGCGUCUUGUUGAACCGGCAUCAUUUGAGGCGAUUGUGAAGUCCGGCGCGGCCCGACUUGAGGCGCGAGGAUGUUCGCUGCCCUGGUGGGUCGCAAGCCAGACACGUUGGUCGAACGUCCAUGCCGACGCCACACGGCGCUGCGUCUCUGUCACCGUGACCGCAGCAAGACAUUUGCACCCACAAGAGGUUUCGCAUCACAUGUUUCUGGCACAGGAGCAACUUGGAUCCUCGCGUUUGUGCCCUCACGGCGGUGAUUUUAUGACGAGUGAAAUCAUCGAUGGGGCGACAACAUGGGGCGACGGCGGAUCGACGCGCAAUUCACUGUUUCGUGGCGGUGAAAUUGCGCAAUUUUUGCCGUUUCUUCAUUUUGCCACUUUAACGCGUGAGGAGCGUUCCAUGCGUCCCAUGUUAAGUCUUCUUGGCGUGCCUGACAUAGUUACAACAGAGCUUGACAUCAGCAACGAGGGGAAAGCGGUGGUCGUGUUGCUUCGCCUUGACACCGCGCAGCCAAAGCAGAUGGGGGGCUACGUCCACGCUGCGCAAUCAUCGGAAGACGGGCGGCAACGACACAGUCUGCUUGCGAAUUGUGCCCGCGGCACCGUUCGGGCAUCCGAUGUGUUAAAUUUUUGGACGGAGGUGAACCGCCCCGAUGGCGCCGAGGGGCGCACCGCGCGUGAGUGGCUGGAAUAUGUUGCGGCGGUGCGAGAGAAACACGUGGGGUGUGAGCCGCUUUUUGUCUCCCUUGCCCACCUCCUGCCGCGGCCGGAUGACACGGAGGCGACACUGCGUCGUCGCCAACUCUAUCGCGUACCGCCGAAAGAGCAGCGAUUGGUGACGCUGGACGUCAUUGAGCAGCAGCUGGAGGGGCUGCAACGGGAAUAUCGCUGGACGCGCGAAGGCAUCGAAGUGACGGGGCUGCCCCCGGAGUUGCAGGCCGCCCUCGCACGUCGCCGCAUCACAAAGAGCCAGCUGGAUGAGAUUGAACGGGUGCGCCGUGCAAAACGUGCCGAGAUGAAGCAAGCGGAACUUCCGGCAUUGCCGGCGAAGUUGACAUCAGAGGAACGCUUUGAGAGGAUACUGCGGUUGUAUGAGGGCGUCGUUGAGGAGGGGGUCGCCGCUAUCCGUCUGACGCUGCCGCCUCACGAACCCUUCACGGUACCACACAACCUUUUCCUUCGCGCCGCGGUACAUAAAGACGUGCUCUGCGGCACCAACGUUUCGGCAGGCGCUGACCCGGCGUCACUUGUGUUGUUUGGUCGGGUGGAAGUGGUAGACGUUCCACCCGCGGUGGGGGCGAGCCCUGCGGCGAUCAAGCAGUGCGAGGUGGAGGGCGGCGUUCCUGUUAUUCAAGUUAGCGUCAGCGGGACAACGUUUGCCGCGAUGGAUGUGUUCCCGACGGACCGCGUUCUGCUGGAGGAGGUGCACAAUCCAAACAGCACGGGUCUCACUGAGACUUCACCAGAGGUGGGUCUUUUGCCAUGUCUGCAGCAAAUGCAUUCCGGGAUGCGGGUGGCAGCAUCGUCCAUGACGAAAAAGCAUCUGUACCUGCAAUUAUCACCAUGCCCCUUUUUUCAGAUGUUAAGCCACGCCGAUUACAACGAGCAGCAGGAUAGCGAGUUGCUGCAGAAAAAGUUGUUUCUUCCACGGUUGCUCCGCAUUACACUCCGCGGUGUGCUUGCAGAGGACAGUCACACAAAAGGGAAAACAUCCGUGUCAUUUGUAGUGAAGGUGCUUCCGACGUUAGCUCGAUUGCAUCUUCGUACACUGCCUGCUCCUGAGGAAGGCACGGCACGAUCGUCUUGGUCGGGGUCAAUUGCCCGACGUCCGCUUUUGAUGUGUGAGGGGGAUGUGCGUCGCCGUGGUGCAGAGUUUGGUAUUGAGCUUAUUGGUGAUCGAUGGCACGAUCGUGUGGGAGGGAGGGGAAUACACGAUGACGAUAUAACGUCUUUGCCCGAGAAUGCCUGGUAUGAGAACAGCGCAGGUCGUAUUGGUAUUAGUGGCACCAUUAGCAGUAGUCGUAGUGCCGUUGAUGGUGCCCGUUAUCGAUCACCGCAUAACGUGGCACUCAUCAAUAGUUUUAGCAUUGUGGAACACCACCGCCUUGACAGCGCCCAUCACCUUCUUCUUCGGCAUGGCGGCCUGUACCGCUCGGACUUUGUGAAUUAUCUCUUCUCUAUUAUGGCCAGGCCGGAGAUUACCCAACGGCAUCAAUUUGUUUAUCGGUACAACGACACGUUUGUGGGUGUUCGCAUCCCUGCGGCUCAAAGUGACUUGAAUGAUCUUUUCCAUGGUGACGAGUACGACGGCACGUUCGACGAUAACCAUCUACCCCCUAUUCGUUCCUUCAGCACCAUUGAGGAGAUUUUAUUCGCUGUGCCUGGUAUCGCAACAGAGUGCCGCGGGUGUCUGUUGGCGGACACCACUUAUUUUAUGGCUGGGGACCUGACGGGCCUUUGGUUCUUUCCGCCAGCUAAAUCGCCGCCGCUUGACAACCGUGUGUUGGUGGAGCCACUUCGCGUGCCUUUUUACGCAGCCUCACGGGUGCCGCGAGAGUGGCGUUUUUCAACGUUGUGUCCAACCGAAGCGUGGGAUAAUCUGCAGCUCUUCUUGAGGCACUGGCAGCCACCACGUCUCCAACGAGGCAGUGCACCGUACUUACAGUUUGAGUUAGUUGUCUACAGUCUGCGUGACAUUCUUGGAGGCGAGGUGCCGCUGUCGAAGCGUCCGAACGCCAUUCUCACAGGUCUCCCAGUCUCACUUACGAAGUUACUGAAAGAGGGCCGGGGUAGAAGGAAUAGCCUCGCGGAGGUUGUGUUCCAAGUUAACACGACAGCCGCAGAACGUGCACACGCGACGAUGGCUGCUGAUUUUUCUCGUUACGGGCGUCGACAUCUGCACACUGUGCAUGAUUAUCUGCGGGAUCAUCGCGGGAGUGGUGGAGCGUUGGCGGUGAACGCCUCGGUCUUUCUGAAGGUGUGCGUGCCCUCCACGGCGGCGGUGCCGGAAGCUCAGUGCUCCAUUGUGAGUGUCACACACACGCUUCUCAUUAUGGAGGAACCACGUUUGAUGUCCUACUACGGGCGGCCUCAGCAAGGGUCAUGGCGCAGCAUUUUUGACCCAGCCGCGCUUUUGCAUCACGCCGGUACAUCACUGACAGGAUACAUCAUCCUUCCACGUUUACCGGCACUGCGCCGGACACUUUCUCUUGGAAACACACGUGACGUGGCACCCGCACGGAUUGGCCUGACUGUGGCGCUGUUUGUGGCUGUGGUGUUUCUCUAUGCGAUGGCAACGAGGCUGUGGGCGGUGAUAUGCACACUUUUAUGGGCUACACUUCUCUUCCUCGUACCGGAGAUUAUUGUGGGCAUAUAUUUUGUCAUGCACUUUCUCUUUUGGGCCUUUGUGAUGUGA